ACACAGAGAGAGAGAGAGAGACAGAGAGAGAGAGAGAGAGAGAGAGAGAGAGAGAGAGACACAGAGAGAGAGAGAGAGAGAGAGAGACACAGAGAGAGAGAGAGACAGAGAGAGAGAGAGAGAGACAGAGAGAGAGAGAGACACAGAGAGAGAGAGAGAGAGACAGAGAGAGAGAGAGAGAGAGAGAGAGAGAGAGACACAGAGAGAGAGAGAGAGAGACACAGAGAGAGAGAGAGACACAGAGAGAGAGAGAGACACAGAGAGAGACACAGAGAGAGAGAGACAGAGACAGAGAGAGAGACACAGAGAGAGAGAGAGAGAGAACAGAGAGAGAGAGAGAGACACAGAAAGAGAGAGAGAGAGAGAGAGAGACACAGAAAGAGAGAGAGAGAGAGAGAGAGAGAGACAGAGAGACAGAGAGAGAGAGAGAGAGAGAGAGAGAGAGAGAGAGAGACACAGAAAGAGAGAGAGAGAGAGAGAGAGACAGAGAGAGAGAGAGAGAGAGAGAGAGAGAGAGAGAGAGAGAAGAGAGACAGAAGAGAGAGAGAGAGAGAGAGACAGAGAGAGAGAGAAAGAGAGAGACACAGAGAGAGAGAGACAGAGAGAGAGAGAGAGAGAGAGAGAGACACAGAAAGAGAGAGAGAGAGAGAGAGAGAGAGAGAGAGAGACACAGAAAGAGAGAGAGAGAGAGAGAGAGAGACACAGAAAGAGAGAGAGAGAGAGAGACAGAGAGAGAGAGACACAGAAAGAGAGAGAGAGAGAGAGAGAGAGAGAGACAGAGAGAGAGAGAGAGAGAGACACAGAAAGAGAGAGAGAGAGAGACACAGAAAGAGAGAGAGAGAGAGACACAGACACAGAGAGAGAGACACAGAAAGAGAGACACAGAAGAGACACAGAAAGAGAGAGAGACACAGAAAGAGAGAGAGACACAGAAAGAGAGAGAGAGAGACACAGAAAGAGAGAGAGAGAGACACAGAAAGAGAGAGAGAGAGACACAGAAAGAGAGAGAGAGAGACACAGAAAGAGAGAGAGAGAGACACAGAAAGAGAGAGAGAGAGAGACACAGAAAGAGAG